AUGUUUGAGAGCGGAUAUUUGGUCCCGAUGGCAGCUGAGUGGUUGGCUUCCCCAGCCCCAAAAAGAUCCCUCCUGGGAAGCAUCCUCUAUCGUCAACUGCACAGCUCCAAUACAUCCACGUUUACAGUUGCGUGGAACCAAAUCCAAAACUCUGGACUGUCUUUCCUCAUAAACGGAAUCUGCAUUUUAUCCUUAGCUAUUAUUUUAAUUAGCCUAGGUCCAUUAAUACAAAUCGUGCUCUCCUCUUCUCAGUGUGGCUUACGCAGGAGAAAGUCACCCAACCCCAGACGCCAGCAAAUCACAGUUUUUCUGCUGUGCUUCAUCUGCUGUUGGUUUCUGCUGGGAACUUUUCUAAUCGCUUCUGUGAUUUUCCUAUCCGAGAACCUUGACUUCGCUCACCCCCAGAGUUCGAGUUUUGUUAAUCGGGUUGAUGACGUCUCGAAUCGAACAUUCACUCUCCUCCGAAUGCUGGCGAAUGAGUCGUUGUCUCUGGUUGAUGAUGCUGUUAAUGGUCUCAUGGGUGAUGUUUACAUGAGCAUCCUCACUGAGGUACCUACAAUCACCACCCAAUUCCUAAACCACACUAACUUGAAUACUCCCUUAGCAAUGCUGGGCGAUUUAGCCCGAACCGUGGAAAGUCUGCUGAGUGCCCAUAUCCAUCUCCGAGAAAACGGUCCUCAAGUAGCCUCGGAGUUGGGUAAAUUAGACUCCAAUAUCCGAGUUAAUGGAGACAUGCUUUUAAAUGAGUUCAAGCAAGUUUGGAAGGAAUGCGGUGAAGUCGAAAGCCACAUCCCAUCCCUCAAACCCUUUGGAGAAGCAAUCGCACAACUUUCAACCGGCCUCUACGAUAAUCAAAGCGAGUUCGUGCCAUUUUUUCAACUCUUCCGUCUCGAGAGCAGCCUUGGCCUUUUCAAUAUGCUUAACGUUCUCCCUUUCAACGUGUCCGAAGUUACAGCCCAGCUAAAGAGUGCUAUCAAGGUGCGCACAGAGCUUGAAGAAUCUAUUAAAAAUAAGACAGUCAUCUUGUUUAGAAGUCUGUCUGACCAGCCAGACAAGGUAGCAGGCUUCUUAGCUCCCUACAUGGACAAUGUGGUUGCAAAUAUCAAUACAACCGAUCAACUGUAUCACCAGAAUAUGGAAGUUGUGAAAUCGUUUAUCUACAGGCUCGAACGCAUGUGGAUUAUAAUCUACUUCAUCGGAUUGAUGGUGCUGGCCACUCCGACUGUCCUGCUUCUUUCCUCUUGUCUGCGACCGCGGCAUAGUGUGAUGCACCCUGUGAAAAAGGUGUCCCCACUUCUGACACCCAGCGAGGCAGAUUCAGUGGUAUCUUCUGGGCGUGGGUCUUCCGAUGAUGAGGUUUCUUCAGUUGUUUCCGCACCUCCGACAAGAAAACGACAGGCGUUCUCAGGAGCCUACUCGGAAUUAAAGUCUCUUGAUUGUCCCACAGUCCAUGAACUACUUGUCAAUCCAGAAAGAAGUCGGUCGCUGUCCCUCGACUCAGACAGUGGAUGUCCGCGUAACGAUAGUCGUUUAGAAAAGGAAACUCCAGGUUCAUGGUCACGGACAGAAACAUUUGACUCGAUAAAUGUUGGCACUUCGAAUCGUUUUCGAGAUGGGUGCUGUCCGAUUGGAGACUCUAAGUACCGGCGCUGCAGGACCUGUGCACAUCUUGUUUCCUGCUGUGGCCUCCUCCUUCUCUCUCUCAUCUGUAUUCCCCUCAUUCUCAGCAUCGGAUAUUUUCACAUUCAAGUAAGUCCAACAGAAAUACCUAGUCUAAAUUAUGAUGUAGUCUGCCUCUGUAGUGCAGCUGAGAUGAAUAACCGGCCUCUCUGCGGCCGUGCCUCAUCAUUCUGGUAG